AGUGUGGCUGCGUGGUCGGAGAGCGGAGCUGACGGAGCUGCUUUUUCAUUGAUGAAAAGACGUGAAUUUAGAGGAGAAACAAACUAAAGCAUCGAUCCAACAUCUCUACCAACGUUCGUAUCGAUACUUGGAUCGAUCACCCACCCUGAUCUCCUGGAUGUGACCUGAGAACAGCGCUAAUCUGUCUGUGGGCUCAGCUACAGGAGGAGAGUCUGACGGAGCAGCAGAGGAACAUUUUCAGCCUCUACAGAGGAAACAAUGAGUUCAACACAACAGGACCAACAUGGACAGAGAAUUGAGUGCUCUCAGGAGGCUGACAAACCUCACAGAACAAAGGGAGUAAAAAAAUACUCCUGUGAUCAGUGUGGGAAGAAUUUUCCUGAUAAAGCUAAAUUGAAAUAUCAUCAAGUCAUUCACACUGGAGAGAGACCGUUCAGCUGUGACGUGUGUGGAAAGUCUUUUACCCUGGCUGGAAACUUAAAAACACACCAGCGCAUCCACAGUGGAGAGAAACCGUACCGCUGUGAUCAGUGUGGCAGAACUUUUACUCUCAAUAACAGUUUAAAGAGUCAUCAAAUUACCCACUCUGGGAUUAAGGCAUACAGCUGUGACUAUUGUGGAAAAGCCUUCAGCCACAUAGGGAGCAGAAAUGCACACCUCCGCAUUCACACUUUACAUGACGUGUACUGCUGUGAUCAAUGUGGUAAAAAGUUUGCAACAGAUUACCACAGACAACAGCACAUGUUUACCCACACUGAGGAGAGGCCUUAUCAAUGUGACCUGUGUGAUAAGACAUUUAAAGCUCCACAUUACCUCAAAGUACACCAAAAGAUCCACAGCAGAAAGAGACUCUACAAGUGCAGUUACUGUGAGAAGCAGAGCCACACAGAUGGAUCCAGUUCUCAGCCAUGUCUUCUCUGUGGUGGUGGGAAAGCGUUUCGCUGUGACUUUUGUGGGAAAACCUUCAAUCAUCAACACACCUUAAAAACACAUCAGCGUAGACACACUGGACACAAACUGAACUACUGCAAAGAAUGUGGGAGCAGCUUCCCCACAGCACGUGGAUUAAAACGACAUGAACUCUACCACAGUGGGGUUAAAAAGCACGUCUGUGACCAGUGUGGGUCAUCGUUCGCCACUGAAGACUACCUUAAAGUACAUAAACGAGUCCACACAGGAGAGAAACCACACAAGUGCAGACACUGUGAGCAAAGCUUCUCACAAGCAAGUAGUCGUAGCCUUCAUGAACGUGCACACAUUGAAGGGAACUUCAGCUGUGACCAGUGUGACAAGAGCUUCAAGAAUCUUGGUUCAUACUCCCGACACAAACGAUCCCACGCUUCAAAGAAACUGUUUCACUGUUACCAAUGUCCAAAAACAUUCACUUCAUUAUCUGCUCUGUCCAAACAUCAGCGUGAUCAUGCAGGGCUGAAAUCAUUCCCAUCAUUGGAUCACAAUGAAUCUGCAGACACACAAAGAUCCUCUUCUGGUUGCACAGUCAAACUUGAAAACCUUGAGAUCCAGAUCCACUGAAUUCCGAUGGAAUCUCCUGUAAACAGUGUCAGUUAAUGUCACACUUGGAUCUGAUGAGGUAGCUCUGAUUUCUGGACUUGGAGUGAAUAAUCCUGAAUCUGACAUUUAGGAAGCUGCAAGUACAGAUAUAUACAUCAAGGUUUUUAUUUUUCUUUGAGAAA